AUGGGCUCCUCUCACCCCAAGCAAGCGGCUGUCGACAGCAAGAACAGCACCAGCAACGCGCCUUCCACCACCGAAUGUAGGAUUCCGUUCGGAAGGAAAGCCAGCACAAAGCCACCUCCAUCCAAAGACAAAUUUCUCGAGGAAUACACCCGACGCUGGACCAUCGAUGCCAACAUCAGCCCUCGCGGCACUGACCACACACCCUACAUGGUCCGAGACAUGGUCAAAGCCGGCAUGUACACCGACGACGGGAUCAAUGGCCAUUCCAACGUCACCCGUCCGCCACCGCCACCACGCAUCCACAGUCUAAGCGAGCUUAUCGACCCGGCGGAAGUCGAGAUGGACUCACACAUUCGCUCGCCGAGCGGCAAUUUGCUGGCUCCGGAGCAGUUUCUUACUCAUCCGUCCCGGCCGCGUAGUAUGCGUGAGCGUCAGGCGGAGAUUCGGGAUAAGGUGCGCGCGGCGAGUCGGCUGGGGACGGAAAUGGAGAUGGGAGAAGAGGAGCAGAAGAAGAAGGAGAAGUGGUAUAGUCGGAGAGUGCUGUUCAAGGAUUGCAAUUGCUUCGACAUUUGCUUCUGA